UUAAUAAGCUCUGUACACUUAUGAUAUGAGAUCAUAUGUAUAUAAUCGUAUGCAAAUUGUCAGCUUCCAGAUUAAUUAAUAAUGUUGAAAAUGUGCUAUAAAAACUCUAAAAGAACAUGUGGUUGGACUCCGAUACCUCAUAGCAAUGAUGGGGCUUGGCAUAAAUAAACGAAUAAGUGAAUAUGAGCAACCUCUCUCUUUAGGCGCUAAAAAGCUUACACUUGCGGUUCUCUGUGAUGGCUACGACAACAAUUUUCGCUAUUCAUUGCUCGCUCAAUUGAAACCAAUUUGCAAUUACUUUGACAUUUCUUUGGACAAUUGUCAAUACAGCGCGUGCGGUGACAACACAACCGUUGGUGGCAUUCAUUACCGGCAACGAUUGCCAAUUUUUUUUUUCAAUUAAAUACAGAACAUUCAACAAAAUUGUGAUUAUAAAUAGAAAAUUGCGUAUGCAUUGAUUUCGACGUCGCAGUGUUGAUCGUAGUCGACGUCGAUGACGACGACAAUAUUGACAGCAAAUGUUUUUUUUUAAUUUUUUAUAUAUUAGGCUUUGCCUCACGUAUUUUUCUUAUACUCUCAAACAGACUUAAGAAACUACGUUACAUUAAAUGUGACAUCAAUAUAAUUUAUUGGUAUAUUGUUUUUGAUAUAUGUAUACAUAUAUAUUCCUUUUAUAGUUGUAUAAAAUUAUGAGUUCAAGAGAUCAAAGGUUUUGUAAUAUAAUUGGUUUUUGUAGGUAUAAAGCUACAAAAUAUUGCAUUUUCUUUAUAAAAAGUUUGUUUAGUAUAUAUGCAUUUGCAUUUGUAUGUUUAUAUAUAUAUGCCAUGUUAUGUUGCUUGGUAAUGGCAGGUUUUGUUGAUUAGGAUGAAAAUAUAUAGACUGAACGUAUAUAUGUAUUUUUUUUCGCUAAGGGAGCUCACAUAAAUUUCAAUAAAAUCAAAAGAAGUAUAAAUUCUGAAACACGAAAGAAUAUCUAUUGUCGAUUGUUGGAAAGUAACGCCAUACCCACAUUUUGAUUUUAUAAUUAUCUACUGACCAAAUAAGGGAUUUGGUAAACAAUAAAGAGUAGUGGAGAAGUGUGGAAGCAGCAGAAGAAAAAGAAGAAAUAGAAAAAACUAGCUUUAAUUUUCAUAUAUCUACUUAUUUGAAAUAAUCAAAGCUGGUUGGACCGUACACACCUUGUAACUAUUUCGAUAAUAGUGACGUAUAUUAACUACAAGAAACAACCGGUGCUCACAGCCGGUGGUUCUCUUUUUAUUCUGUUUUCUAUGCAUUUCGCUAUAAGGCGAUGAAAGAUGAUUCACUCGUCAAAAUCAUCCGCUCCCACACUCUCAUAUCAUAUGGUGGACACUUUGGUGGGUCGAUGUUAGCUACGGUAAUUUUUUAUCUGUACUGUGAAAAAUAAAAUAAAAACGUAUAGCAAUUUAUUUUGCAUCAAAUGCUUUAGGUUGCACAUAGAAACAGAUGCGCAAGUUCAGUGCAAGAAUCAGAAAUUCUGUUUUCCAACUGCUUGAAAUAUAAUUCUGAUAGGAAAUGUGAUUACCGACAUCUUUACCCUGCAUAACUUAUUUGAAAAUAGUUGUGAUUGUUUUCCGUUAAACAAAUAGUAAAUAAUACUGUCGCACGGCAGUGGUUUUAAUGCACAAUGAAUGCAUAUUUGAAACAUACGGUUUUCGAAACAUUUGUGUGUAAAAAUUUUGAGAUCUUUAUUAGAUUUCAAAUUUGCCGCUACAACUAAAACUACAAGUUAACAGAAUUAAAAAAAUGACGACAGCGGAAAUAAAAUGUUGUUUCUAUUGCACCGAUACAGAAAGAACAACGCGGCGAGUUGCCGUGGCCGCGCACUACUGAUUAGUCUAUAGAAAUUCAACACUCCAAUAAUCGGCAUUAUGGCGUAUCGCAAACCAAAUGAUUUGGAUGGCUUCAUUCAAAUGAUGCCCAAGGCGGAUAUGAGAGUUAAAGCUCUGCUUGCCGAAGAUUUGGUCACAUUCCUAAGUGAUGAGACGAAUUCAAUUGUUUGCAUGGAUAUGGGAAUGCUUGUCGAUGGCCUUAUGCCUUGGCUCACCGGCAGUCAUUUCAAAAUUGCACAAAAAUCGUUGGAAGCAUUUUCAGAACUGAUAAAAAGACUUGGACCUGAUUUUAAUGCUUACAGUGCAACUGUGCUGCCACAUGUUAUAGACCGUCUCGGCGACAGCAAGGAUACCGUACGCGAGAAAGCACAAUUGCUUUUACAAGUUGUUAUGGAGUACAAAGUGUUGACCCCACAAGCCACCAUCGACAAAUUGGCGGCAUCUUGCUUUAAGCAUAAGAAUUCUAAAGUUCGUGAGGAGUUUUUGCAAACUAUUGUGAAUACAUUGAACGAAUAUGGCACCUCACAAUUGAGUGUACGCACUUAUAUACAACCUAUUAGUUCACUGCUGGGUGAUCCUACAGCAACCGUACGCGAUGCAGCUAUACAAACUCUUGUAGAAAUAUACAAGCAUGUAGGUGACCGUCUGCGCGCAGAUCUACGAAAGAUGGAUGAUGUUCCUGCGUCAAAAUUAGCUUCGCUUGAGCAGAAAUUCGAUCAAAUUAAAGCCGAGGGGCUCUUACUGAAGUCGGCAUUGCAGACUACAGCGUCUGCCAAUAACGGUCAUGAUGAGUCGGAUAACGUAAGCGUACGAGAUCGUCCAACAAAAAUUGUUAAACGUACUGUGUCUGCGUCGAUGCGAACAAAACCAAGUUCUUCGGAUUCUAGUGCUGGUGGGGAUGCUGGCGCUAUAACUAUGGAUAUAUUUGAGUCUACAUUCGAAGUUGUGCCACAAUUAACUAUUUUUCACCCAAAAGACAUGGAUGAUAUUUAUCGAAAUAUUAUUGUUGUGAUUAGCGAUAAAAAUGCUGAUUGGGAGAAGCGCAUAGAUUCGUUAAAGAAAGUUCGUUCACUACUAAUGCUAAAUAUACAAUCACAACCACAGUUUGUUGCGCAGCUAAAAGAUCUUUCAAUACCUUUCCUUGAUAUACUCAAGGAGGAGUUACGCUCUCAAGUCAUACGUGAGGCGUGUAUUACAAUAGCCUACAUGUCGAAAACACUACGUAACAAACUCGAGCCAUUCUGCUUCGCUAUCUUAGAGGCGCUUAUUAAUUUGAUUCAGAACUCGGCUAAAGUUAUUGCUUCUUCAUCGAUAAUUGCUCUCAAGUAUAUUAUAAAGUAUUCCCAUUCUCCGAAAAUGAUUAAACUCGUUACCGAAACAUUGCAACAAUCCAAAUCCAAGGACAUUCGUGCCACUUUGUGCGAAAUGCUUUGCCUGAUGUUCGAUGAGUGGCAAACGAAAACGAUGGAGCGCUGUUCACAACAACUACGUGAUGUGCUCAAACGGUCAAUAAGUGACGCAGAUAACGAAGCACGGCGUCAUUCUCGUCGUGCUUAUUGGAAAUUUCGACGACACUUUCCUGAUCUUGCCGACCAAAUAUACACUACAUUAGAUAUUGCAGCGCAACGGGCAUUGGAACGGGAGCGUGAUGGUGGCAAUGUUACGAUGGAAGUGGAACGUCGCUCUGCAGCUGCAACCACUCGAUUUCAACGUUCGCCCGGUUCACUACAAAAGCCUGCGGCAGGAAUGCGUAGCGUGUCGGCUGUGGAUACUGCAGCUGCUCAACGUGCCAAAGCUCGCGCCCAAUAUUCGUUCUAUCCGCGAAAAAAGUUAAGUACUGUUAAUUCUGCUGCUGCGUCAGCCAAUUCUGGAACAACAACUUCAGCUGCCACCGGUUCUUUACCGCGUCCACGGUAUAUGGGAGGUGGUGCAACGUCAACGUCGAACACAGGAGGGCAGCUAACUGCUGGCGUUUCUCCACGAACACGAGGUCGAGCUGGAGUAUCACAGUCACAACCUGGUUCUCGUUCCACUUCACCAAGUUCCAAGCUGCGAGAACAAUACGGCUAUAGGCCAAUAACUGGAACCAUACCGAAAAAAGCUUCGGGCAUACCUCGUUCAUUGACCAGUUCACGCGAAACGAGUCCCACCCGUGUCGCCAUGAAACGGAGUAUUUAUACCACAAAUAGUUCGGCAAGCUCCGCCCGAAGAACACCUGAUCGUAGCAAUUCGCGUUCGCUAGCUGCAGCACGUAUUUUACAACAAAGCCGUGAGGCUGAGACCGCGUUAGCCGAUGCUCUUUCUCCAGAAGCAGAGAGAGUUAUUGAUUAUGGCGAGUAUUCGCGCGGGUAUACAGCAGGUUUACGAAUGGGUCGUAAAUUGUUGUCGCGCGACGAGUCCGACGACUCCGAGGCAUCGUCGGUGUGUUCGGAGCGGUCGUUUGAUUCGUCAAUGACGCGUGGCAAUAAUUCGAAUUAUUCGUUGUCAGGAUCACGAAAUAGAUUGGAUUGGAGUUGCACGCGCGCACCAUUCGACGACAUCGACACUAUCAUACAGUACUGCGCGUCGACGCAUUGGUCGGAUCGCAAGGAUGGAGUUAUCAGCUUAACUCAAUACCUUGCCGAUGGUAAUCAGCUGACACCACAGCAACUACAGGCUGUCUUGGACAUGUUCCGCAAAUUAUUCAUGGAUCCACAUACAAAAGUGUAUUCUCUAUUUCUUGAUGCAGUUACUGAGUUGAUUCUUGCGCAUGCCAACGACCUACAGGACUGGCUUUUCGUAUUGCUGACGCGACUAUUUAAUAAACUUGGGACAGAACUACUCAACUCAAUGCACAUUAAAAUCGGCAAGACAUUACAAGUGGUACACGAAUAUUUUCCAACCGACCAACAGCUUAAAGAUGUCUUCCGUAUACUCGCCGACACGGCACAAACACCCUGCACCAAAACAAAGAUAGCCAUAUUGAAAUUCCUCACAGACUUAGCAACCAGUUACUGUAAGUCCACCGACUUUCCAUCCGACGAUGGACCAUUAGCAGUUGAUAAGGCUGUGCUGAAGAUUGUUCAACAAGCUGGUGAUCCCAAAAGCAAAGAUCUACGUGAUCAGGCGCGUAAGUGUCUCAUUGCGCUAUACAAUCGCAACACACCACAGAUGACUAAGUUGCUGUCUAGCCUUCCAAAGGGCUAUCAAGACACCGCCAAGGCCAUUAUACAAUCGCAUUUGCGCCGCAACAGCACUUCUGGCACAAAUUCGCCAUCUUCACCUCAUUCAAGUGCCAGUCCCAAACCAUUGCAAAGUCCAUCGCUUGGACCAUUCUCUUCGCUACAGCCACAAUACAAUACCACCAGUCCACGCUCGCGACAAUCCUCCGUGGACCAUGAACUCUAUUCGGAGGCAGAUGUGCAGCAUAAUAUACACAAAACAUCGGAAGAAAUCCGAAAUUGUUUUGGUGUUGGUGUUGGCAUAGAGGCAACAUCCAAUAAUACCCGGCAAUACCAUUCGCUCUCCAAUGCCAAUGGCUACAAUGGCUAUUUGCAUGAUCAGCAAGAUUCUUGCGCUUCUUCCAAUUCAAAGACACAGUCCGCUACCACAACCGAAUCGAACACUCCUGAAAGCACCACAAUGCGUUUAGAUGCCAACUUGUUGGAGCAACAUCAACGUAUGACCACGAAUAUAGUGCUAACAACAGCAACACCCAACGCUAACACAGCAGUCGUAGGUGGCACUGCAAAUCACGCUUCGCGUUGUAAUUACACCGUCGCAUCGAACGGUGAGCUUUUGCUCGAAAAUGGCUUAACUGAAAGCGAAAUUAUAAGGGCGGCAUGUGCGUUGAAAGCCGAUAUGCCAGUGGAGCAGAUUCAACAGGCUCUCGCCAAUUUGGAAAUUUGCAUCAAAGGAGGAAAUUGCGAGCUCCCUAACAAACAUUUUCGUGCUAUAAUGAAAAUGCUGCUAGGCCUGCUGGAUUCGCAAACCGCCGAUGUGAUGAUCGCCGUUAUAAGUGUGCUCGGCAAAAUCGUGCGUAGCACCAAAAUGAAGGAAACCUGGAUCAAUUUCCUCGAGCUGAUAUUGCUGCGAAUAAUAAACUGUUAUCAGCACAGUAAGGAAACCGCUCGAGAAAUAGAUUUAAUCAUACCGCGCAUCGUAUCGUCAUUACCGCUGAACGCCACCAUUAAUAUUGUAAAUCCUGUUAUUGCGACUAGUUGUUAUCCGCUGAACUUGUGUGCUGUGAAAUUACUCACUGAGUUGGCAGAUCGUCACGGCGCCGAAUUGACCGAAUUACAUUUAGACAGUAUAUUCCCGAAUUUGGCACGUCUUACCGACGAUGGUGAAUCCAUGGUGCGAAAGGCCGCCGUGUUUUGUAUCGUAAAACUCUAUAUAGUGAUGGGCGAAGAAAAGGUGAAGCCGAAACUGUCGGUGUUGAAUCCAAGCAAAGUGCGUUUGCUAAACGUUUACAUUGAUAAACAGCGCAGCAACAGCGGAGGUGGCAGUUCAACGAAAAACUCAUCAGCAUCAUCAUCAUGAUUGCGUCGCACGUAGAUGGCUACGCAUGAAGUUGUGGAUGCAGAUCGACGGCAAUUGCAGCAACAACGAUACCAGCACCAAUAAAAGGCAAUAGAUAAGACGCUACGCCACUGGGCCGUAUGUUAAAGAUUAGCCGUUGAGUGUGGGCGGUGUGUAUGUGUGUGCGUGCGUACGUGUUGUAUGUGUAUUUGUUAAACAAAAAAACAAUUUCUUUGUAUAGGUAAAAGCAUUAAAUGCAAUACUAGAACACAGAAGCAGCUUACAGCGUUGCCAAAGUGGAGCUUUAAGAAUGGAUAUCAAAAAUGUUUUGAAGAUUUCCUUAUAUAUUAUACAAGAUUCGAUUUAUUACAAAUUUUUAGGCACAUUGUAUAUUAGCAUAAUCGCGGUCACAAAAACAAACAAUCAAAGCAAAGUUAAUUCCGCAACUAAUUGGCAGGUAAAAAUCUUUGAUUGAUAUUGCCUAAAAAAUAAUAAAUAUAGACCAUGCUUAGCAGUUAUUCUACAAAUCAGUUCAGCUCCACUUUGGUUUAAGCGUGACAGCGUAUGAUAGAACCAACUGCUUGGUGAGUUUGCAUUAGAAAUCUAAACAUGCAUUUGCAUACUUUUGCUUCUAACAAAAUUAAAACAAAAAUUGCAUAAAAACAGACAUGUAAAUUGGUAAAGAAAACACAUUUAAUUACUAGAUAACUGCAUAAUUGUAAUUCGUUAGUUAUAACCAAUGUAAACAAUAAUUAAUACGAAUGGGUAAAAACUAGCUCAUACUCAUUUCUCGCACAUUCUUUCCUGAACUUUUUGUAAACAUUGCCACACUUUCCAGUACAUGAGAGAUUGUCUAGCUCCCUUUGUUGCAUUUAAAUUUGAACGCAUAAAAAUAAAAAUAUUAUAAUUUUGUAUUGUACACCUUAAAAUAUACAUACAUACAUAUAUCUGUUUAUCUAUAUAAUUUUCUCACCUACUUACCCAGGCGUGUCACUCUAUUUUUUAAUGUGUAUUCUAAACAUUUUAGUUUUAUGUAUUUACGUUCUCAUUGUAAUUCUUUUGUAUAUUUUGCGUGUAUUUUUUUUGUUACCAAGACUUUUUAAUUACUUGUCUUUCAUGUAAUUAUAAGCCUAAUGAUUUACUCACAAACGAUAUUUCGAAAUUUUACACAAACAAAAAUAUUGAUGUUAAAUACAAUACAUAAAAUAUAUAAAAAAAAGAACGAUAAUACUUUUAAUUUUUAAUUGCGAUAAUCCUACAGCUAAGUUAUACAUAUAUACUAGUAUAAUAAUAUUUUUUCUCAAAGUUCAUAGGUGUAACACAGGGCCUCAAGAUAUACUAUAAUAAAAUAUGCAGUAAUUCCUUAGAACUGGACAUUUUUCCAUAUA